GGCUAUGACAAAAAUUCUUCAAAAUUCAUCAGAGUAUUCAUCACCUACUCUUUGAAUUCAUAUUGAAGACAUUUGAUAAACGCUGUUAAUUAAUAAUAAAAGAAAAUGGUAAAAAGCCGUAUUGAUGGUUUUCGAUUAGCACAAAAUGUGGGAGGAGAAGUGAUUAUACUUGGAACAAUUGAAAAAAAAAGUUCAAAUGGUCAAAAUAUAGAACUAAAAACUACCGAUGGUGUACAAGUUAACGUUACUUUACCAGAACCUCUUGAUUUUAAUGCUGAGGGUUAUAUAGAAGUACAUGGUACUUUGAACUCAAAGUCUACAAUGUCUUGUAGCAGUUAUGUAUUAUUUCCACCUAGCAUGACAGAAGACUUUGAUUCUGAUCAAUAUAAUGAAAUGUUAACUCUACUAAACAUAUUAGGACCAAAAAAGUGGAUGAUAUCAGAUGAUGAUAAUGUAGAGUUAUAAAUUGCGAUACCAUUUACAGUGAUUCUUUUUUAUAUAAUAAUACAAUUAUAUAUAUAUACUA